AUGCUUCUGCAAAAGCAGAAACGCAUAAUAACUACUAAAACCACCUAUUGCUCUCUUCGGCAGAAAAAAGUAUUUGAUCUUCAGUUUGAGGAUCAAUGCAUAAAGGCAGCCUUCACUUCUGCACCUCUCCAAGAAGAAAUCCGAGAACUAGAAUGUGGUCGACCUCUUCGCCAGGACCGCCUUGUGGGUGGCUCUGAUGCACCUAUUGCAAAGUGGCCUUGGCACGUAUCAGGUGGCAUGCAUCAGAUAGUGAACGUGUCAGAUAUUCUGGUUCAUGAGAAUUACUCCGGAGCUAUACAUGGAAAUGACAUUGCUUUAAUGCGUCUUGCUGAGCCUGUCAACUUCACAGAGUACGUGCAGCCCAUUUGUUUGCCCCGAGCCAAUCACAGUUUCCCUCAUGGAGCUUCCUGCUGGGCCACAGGUUGGGGAGAUGUCCAAGAGUCAGUACCACAAUCCCUUCAGUCAGGCUUGAUACUCCAGCAACUGGAACAGAAGAUCAUUGGACCCAAAGAAUGUCAGUGUCUCUUCAACUCCAAUGGUCCCUUUAAUAUUACUGUGAAAUUGUUACCUACUAUGCUCUGUGCUGGCUACAAGGAAGGGAAAAGAGAUACCUGCCAGGGGGACUCUGGAGGCCCACUUGUCUGUGAGGAACAAGGCCAGUGGUUCCUGGCUGGAAUCACCAGUUUUGGCCAUGGCUGUGCAAGGAGGAACCGUCCAGGGAUCUUUACAAAUGUGGUGGCCUUUGAAGACUGGAUCAGGGAUCGAGUGGAAGGCGCAGCUUUCCCUGAGCAACCUGAACCUAUCCCAGCACCUUUGGUAGAAGACUCUGAACAUUGUACUAUUGCCUUGCCAGAAUGUGGCAUUGCUCCCAGACCUGGUGACUGGCCCUGGAAGGCUGUAAUAAUUACUCCAGCAUCUAAACCCUGCCAUGGGGUGUUGGUAGCAGAGAAAUGGGUUCUUGCACCAGGCAGCUGCUUUCUGGGCCUAAAAGACAUCAGUAGUUGGCACGUGAUGCUUCCACCCAAGGCACAAAGGAUACCUAUCCUCAGUGUACGGUUAAAUGUCAACUUCACGCAGGAUUAUGAGUAUGACCUGGCCCUCUUGGAGCUAGAAGUACCAGUGUCUUUUACUGAGGAUACAAGGGCCGUGUGUUUACCCCGUCUGCAUCACUACUUUUUGCCCAGUAGCCAGUGCCGUCUGAUCCAAUGGGGCCGGGGAGAGCCACCCCUGGCUUCCCCGUCCCUGUUGGAAGCUGAAAUGACAUCUAACUGGUGGUGUUAUUGUGUCCGUGGCUCGAAGAUGGAAGUGGUACCCGACCCCUUGGAGAAUCCCAGCAUCCUGUGUGCUGAGUACCAUGAAGAGGAGAAAAAUGGCUGUUGGAUGGGAAGCCGCUGGGGCCUCCUGUGCGAGGAAUCAGGAUCCUGGUUUCUGGCAGGUAUUUCAAAGCCUCCAGAAGAUUGUUUUCGGCCUCGGGUCUUCUCCCCUCUACAACUUCAAAGCCUCUGGAUCACACAUACAGCCCUUACCUCUUACAUGGAGGAUCAGCUCAACUGGGACUUUACGGCUGUGACAACCUUUUUAUUAUUCUGUCCCUCCAAAUCCAAGUUUGGAGCUUGUGGCAUUCAGUCAUACAAAGAUAGUAAUCCAUGGCCCUGGGUGGCAGAGGUGCACGGUGCCAGAGAUGAAGCUUGCAUGGCCACUCUAGUGAGCCCUGGUUGGGUCCUAACAGACACUCAUUGUGUGGCCAGGCAUGGCUCCAUACCGUCCCGUCUACAGGUUAAACUGGGUAGAACACGUUUUGGUACCCCGGGCCAGGUGUCAAGGCCAGUCAGCAGCAUUCAUUACACCAUGGGAUCACCCCUAGUCCUACUGCAGCUAGAGACCAGGGUAGAAAUGUCAGCUUCUGCUCUGCCAGUCUGCCUCCAUAUUGGACCAGUUUCCAUAGAUAUGGACUGUUGGGUCGUAGGCUGGAAAGAUAUUGUAAACCGAGUCCCUGUGGCACUACCGGUCAGCAUCUUAACCUCAAAAGAAUGUCCCUCCCUCAAUAAGCCCACCCUACCUCUGGAAACCAUCUGUGUUGCAUAUCGCAGUGAAAAACUAGACAGAUAUGAGGUUGACUCAGGGUCAUCUCUCAUGUGCCAACGAGGACCUGACUCCUGGGUCCUGAUAGGCAUUUCAAUAAGGGGAAGCCAAGAACUGUUUGCCCCAGUGGGGACCCAACAGCCUUGGAUCUCUCAGACUGUGUGGGAUGCACCCUUUCUGUAA